CGUCACCUCUGCUCGUCGUCAUGACUAGCCCACAACGUUGCCGCCAACGAGUGCGGUCGAACGUGGCAAAUAAAAGGACUGAUUGAAGAGAGAGUAAAAAUUUCCACAACCACAAACUACGUCCAACACUGCUUACUAGCCUCGGUAUCGCUCACGAAAGAUGUCGGAAACACACAUCAUUGCUUUCCUCUAUCCUAAAUCGGACAAGGUCGACCGAUUCCGGGAGCUCAUGAAAUCUAUGUGCCGCUCCGUGCAUGAGAAGGAGGAUUACACGGUGCGCUAUCUCAUGACCCAGAAACUUGGUGCCAAAGACCCGGAAUUCAUCAUGAUUGAAACAUACCGCACCCAGGAAGACGCCAAGAAGCACGGCGACGAGCCGCACUUCAAGGAGCUCUUCGGUGCCUUUGAAAAGGAGGGUAUCUUCGCAAAGCCGGCUUAUAUUGCGCUUUCAAAGGGUGUGGAGGGUUUCGAUUCCAACCGCAGUCUUCUUUAGGUGUGUAAGUAUAACGGACUCAGGACAUGAUAUGCU